AUGCCCGUCACUGUGCCCCUCUCGUCCGUCGCCGUCGCCGUCGCCGUCGUGACACGUUGGUUAGAGACAGCUUUCGAGCCUUCUCCCCUCGGCAACGUCCACUUUUCAUCUUCCACUUGCUCCGAACGUCCCUCUACUUCAGUCUCCAGGUUGUCCUCUCACCAUGUCGGAUUUGUUCAGCUGGUGGCUGACGACGACCACGUUCACCUCCUCAGUGACUUUCUUCGACAUGUCAUAUCACUCGACUUGUUCCCUCAACACCCACCCGACUGUCUUCCUCACCUUCAGCAUCUCCAUGACGUUGCCGUCUCGGCCACUCCCGUCCACGGCGAAUCCGGUCUAUCCCAUCUCCUCUGGUCUUCCUUGUUCUUGUCCAUCAACGCUGUGGAAGAGGCUUUGAGACUCCCACCGAGCUCUCUCUGGUUCACCACCAACAGCAGUGUCAUGGAUCCAACGUCUGGGCCAAGGUCAGGAAGGAGGACGGAUUUCAGGAAAGAGUUAGUAAACGAUAUUCCUCUCUUUCAACUCAAGACACCUGUCAGCGCUCCGGAUGAAACGAUGAACGCCUUGCAUGUUCUAGCUCAUGAUGGGAUCAGUAUCAGCAUCAGUCUAGAUGGUCAACAACCCGUUUUCAACGAUCCUCAAAGGGGUCCGUUACCUGGAAUGGACAAGGAGAGACAUCUCCUCUUACAGAUUCUGGGUGCCAUAUUGACUCAUCGAUCUCGUUAUGCCAUCUUAUCCAAUUACAACGUUUACAUUCUAUUCCAUUGGGAUGAUCAACGAGCUAGGCUUGGUGUUUCCAGACCUAUCAAAAGGACCGGAGGUUGGUGGAGCGCUCCAGCUGGUACAUCGACCGAAGAUCGUAACGGCAGACGUCUUUUAACCCUCAAACCUUUCUCACUCUCACUCGCAGUAGGACUAGAUUCAAUCUUUGCCAACUCUGGUCUUCUAAACCUUCCGACCAUUCCGUGGACACGUAUGAGUCACCCGGCUGGAGACACAUAUCACCUCCGUCAAGAUUCACAAACCUCUCACCACCACCACGACGAUACUUCUGCCCCCUCACAAGGACAAUCUCAUCAUCAUCCGUACGGUUCUGGACGUUUCUUGUCCAGACCGUCAUCGGUAGUAUCCCAAGAUGAUAAUCGUCCGAGGACACCUUCCGCCACUUCUUCACCGUCGACGAUGACGACGGACACUCCUUCGCCAAAAACUCACAAGUCUGAUCGUGUUGUCAUGACCGAGCCUGUAGAAAUUCUCCUACACGAUGAAGAGGGUUCUGACAUGUCUUUUGGUGAACGUUCGUCGGUUUCCCCUACUCGAAACAAGACGACACCCUCAAUCCAAAUCCCUCCACAACAAAACACCUUGACCAAAAUCCCCCCGUCAUUCUCGUUCAUCGUUUCAAUCCCAACAUGUCCUGAUCGACCCAUAGUCUUCUUCACCGAUCUCUUCUCUGCCGGAUCCGACGCAGCAAACUGGAACAAACCCUGCCCUUCGGCGUUGCCCCGCCUCCGACUUUGCACGAGACGCGGUCAAGGUAGGAUAUGGACAGCUUAUCAAAUCAAAUACCCCGAACAAGUCUACCCUCACGAAAAUGUCAAAUUCACCAUUUGUUUGAAGGAGAGGAUCAUCAAGCUAUGUGACCUCAAAGAUGAACACCCGUUGUUCGUCGACGAAGCUUUGAAAGCCUGGCGUGCAGAAAUGAAAUUCUUAAACACGGUUCGACUAUUUCCAGAACUAGGUUUCAUCUGUAAAGCCACCGGAUCUUACAAAGGGUUUUCUUCAACGACCAUUAAAGAGGGUGGAGAUGAAGCGCAGUUGGAUCAUUUGGCGAUAAUCAUGGAAGAUGGGGGUGGUCGAACAUGUACUACCGAUUUGGAUCAACCGUUACCAGAGGAAAAAGAAGAAAUAAUAUCACACUACACACUCCUUUCCAGACGUCGCAUAAUACACGGAGACGCCCAUCCCCGCAACUGGAUCAGGGUCGAAGCGAAAUAUCGACAUUGUCUACCUUAUCGAAUCAGAUUGAUCGACUGGGCCAGUGCUUAUUUCGUUUCAGUGGACGACGAGUUGGGAGAUUGGAAAUUACAAUGUCAGAUUGAUGAAAUCAAAUUGGCUUUUGAGCACAAUGACGUCUACAGGUUGUCGGCACCCCAGCAAGUGUGA